GGGUGAAGAGAUGAGCUGUUCUCGCGGUAUCCUGCUAUCACGUUCCAGUUACCGUGGGUCACGUGAUAUUGUUUUGCUUUGCCGUCGUGAUCUGCAGUCUCCGCGGAUGAGGAUGAAAUGGCACGAAAUGAGGAGAAACAACAGGGCAGACUGAACAGACUGUGGCUUGAGAAAGAGAGAGAGGAGGGACGUCUCAAAGAUGUUCACGUACGUCGACCCAAGCUGUCUACUCUAAACUCAGCCGUCUCCGUGAAAAAGUGGAUCCCGAGCAUCAAGAAUGAAAUAGAGUAUUAUCUACAGCAAUCCCAGCUCUCCCACUACCCAGAGAGGAAGAUCGCAGAGUUCCAGCUCCAAAUCCAGGCUUUAGAAAAAGAGUAUAAAAGCUUCAUCUACAAACUGAGAGUUCUCGACCCGGCAUGCAAAGACAAGCCGUGGACUCCUCGAGCUUACCGCAAAAGGAGAGCUGACAUACAGGACUUUGAAAGCAUCGCUAAAAACCCUCGGCCCGCUGAGUCAGGCGGCGGUAGCAGUCAGGAGGGUGGAGGUGCCAGAAGUCUAACAGGAUGUUUCAGAUCUUCAGCUGCCGGUGAGGAAAGACUUCGAAGCGUUGGCCCCACCAACCCGGCCUCAAAAACCUCAGAGGCUGUUUGUGAAGUCCAGGACCAACCCCUCUCCUUCGAUCGCACGCGCCUGGCAGUGGCUACUGCUGCAUUCAGAGGGCCGUCAGUUCAGCUCAGUUCCUCUCAAACACUUGCCAGGCUGCUGCAGUCUGGACUACCUAAUCUUAAUAAUUGUCCAUCAAGACAGACAGUUGCUUCCCAGAGCAGAAACACUGAAAACAAUGAGGUGGCACUGAAGCAUUUGGAUGUUGGGCAGAAAUGUUCUGUGCAAGAGAAUAAGUCAGACUGUGAAGCAACACAAAUACCUACAAAAUCAUCCAACACUGGGACAACAGAGGAGAGGGCUGGUCAUGUCCUGGGACUAGACUGUUACUCUUCAUCUGACGAGGACUGUGACACAUAAUGUUCAAAUAAAAUAAGGAUAAAUUUCCUGAUGUGUUUAA